GGAAAAUAUUCGAUUUCCGCUCCGUCAGUCAGGCAAAAGCAACACAGGGAGAGCGAGUGAGCCAGGGACAACAGAAAAUCCAAGCAGGAGCAAUCAGCAAUGUUUCACCCCAGCAACCAGUUUCCUAUUCAACCAAUGGCAUUGUCUGUCCAAGAUCCAUCAGUGCCAAUGCAGGUAGAUCAGAAUGAUAACUCUUUGGCUGCUGGAGAUGAAAUGCAAAAUGGAGGACUUUCACAAGCAAAAUCUAUCAUUCAAAGUUCUGAGAGACUUCAAGAUGACCUACGUUUGAUAGGACUAAAAAUCAAACAACAUGAGGACAACCUAAAACUUCUGAAUUCUCAAAAGAACAAACUUGAGGAGUCUAUACUUGAUAUGCGAGUUAUUCUUGGCAAGUAUCAUUCUUCAAGUGCACCUAGGACUGAAAAUGAGGACUAUUCUGACCUUGAGGGAGAGCAGAAAGUAAUCGAAAACAUUCUCAAGCAUGAAAAGUCUGCAGCUCGAAUUAUUUGCCAACUGUCCCAUGACAUCAGUCAUGCUUCUCAUUCAAAAUUGAACAAGGAUGUGUUGGGUAUUGUUGCUACUCUUGGCAAAGUAGAUGAUGAAAAUCUUAGCAAGCUUUUGGCGGAAUACCUCGGAUUAGAGACCAUGUUAGCGAUUGUUUGCAAAACAUUUGAAGGUGUUAAGGCUUUGGAAACAUUUGACAAGGAUGGCGUCAUUGAUAAAUCUGCUGGUCUGCACGGGCUUGCUGCUUCUCUGGGGAAGCCUUUGGAUGCUCGUUUUCUUGUCAUUUGUCUUGAAAAUUUAAGACCUUAUGCAGGUGAUUUUAUAGCAGAUGACCCACAGAAGAGGCUUGACCUUUUAAAGCCAAGAUUACCAAAUGGAGAAUGUCCCCCAGGCUUUCUUGGCUUUGCAGUGAAUAUGAUAAAUGUGGACAGCUCAAAUUUAUUUUAUGUCAUUGUUGGUGGGUAUGGCCUCAGAGAGACUCUUUUCUAUAGUCUCUUCUCUCGUCUUCAGGUAUAUAGAACGAGGGCUGACAUGGUCUCUGCACUCCCGUGUAUAAGUGAAGGAGCUGUUUCUUUGGAUGGUGGGAUCAUUAGAAGUAAUGGCAUUUUUUCACUGGGAAGUCGGGAAGAGGUAGAUGUGAGAUUUCCAAAACCUUCCUCAAUGCCAGAUGUGCCUCAAAGCCACAUUCAGGCUGAGAAGCAGAUCAAAGAGAUGAAUAUGAAAAAGGAAAAUUUGCAAGAAGAUAUAAAGAGGGAAGAAGCAUUGCUGAACAAGGCAAGGUUCAAUUUCGGAAGUAAGAAGCAAGAAUAUGUCAUGUUUAUAGCUCAAAGCUCAUCAUCAUAUACAACUCAGCAUCAGCUCCCUGUGACACGAGAUAGGUUGACCCCGAGAUGAUGUUAACCAAAAAUUCUACCAAUUGAACUGGGACGAGUGCAGGAGUCAUAGAACAGCUUCUGGCCAGCAAGCAUCAGUGAUUUUUCUUCUGGUCAUAACCCCAGGAAGAGCUUCUGAUGUGACGGAAAAAACAUGUUUCUUAUGUUUCUCUUUUCUGAGAAUUUGCAUUUUCAUCUCAAGUUGUAGUUGUUCCUUAGCUUUUUAGAUCACGGAAAACCAGAAACAGAUUGAAGGCAUGCAUUGAUAAUCGGCACAGAUGGUAGGAGAUAAUAAUGCAAGCUUGUUCAGUGUAGGCAGGAUCGAUGUCAGCAUAACUGCCUUUACAAGCAUUUUCAUUUUUUUCUUCUCCCAUCAUGUGUCAGCAUGUUCAUCACCUUGCAAAUUUGGUUAUUUGUAAUGUACAUGAUGCCCCAAUGUUGUAUUGUCUGUUUUACAGUGUAUGUGCUUCCCCCCCUGUCAUGGGG